CCACACUGACGGUGAAACAUGAAGCGAGCUCGGCGUGCCGAAUUCAAAUCCCCGACUUCUCCGCUCCGACGUUAGCACUUUCAUCCCGAUCGCUUUGUUCCAUUUCACGAAUAUUUCUCCCAACCACCUCUGUCCUUCUUCCCAAGUUCCACGGAAGACCUGUGUUCUUCCCCCGUGUACCUGCGAGACAGUCAGCCCGAUCUCUCCUGCGCUGGAUCGCUCGUGCGACAAGAUGUGCGUGGAGAGCGACGGAUGCGAGCCGGACGGCUGCGGCGGUGGAGGCGGCGGCGGCGCGGACGAGGUGCGCACGCUCUCGGGAAGCGUGAGCGCCGCGCUCAAGCCAAGUCCCGAGAUGCGCGCGUGCAAACCGGGCCAGAAAUUCCGAGCCGCCUUGCUGCGGUGCCGCUCGCCCGCCGCCGCCGCUGGGAUCCUGAGCUUCGGCAACGUGCUCAAUUACAUGGACAGAUACACCGUAGCCGGUGUUCUGUCCGACAUUCAGCGCCACUUUGAUGUAACCGAUAGUGGUGUUGGCUUGCUACAAACAGUUUUCAUCUGCAGUUUCAUGGUGGCAGCGCCCAUCUUCGGUUACCUUGGCGACCGAUUUAACAGGAAGGUCAUUCUGAGCUGCGGCAUCUUCUUCUGGUCGGCGGUGACACUACUGAGCUCCUUCAUCACCCAAGAGUACUAUUGGGUGUUUGUGCUAUCCAGAGGCCUGGUAGGCAUUGGAGAAUCCAGCUACUCCUCCAUCUCUCCCACCAUCAUCGGAGAUUUGUUUACCAACAACAAGAGGACCACAUGGCUUUCUGUCUUCUACCUGGCCAUACCGUUAGGAAGUGGUCUUGGCUACAUCCUGGGAUCCAGCGCUAAAGAUCUGGCUCAAGACUGGCACUGGGCUCUGAGGGUAUCUCCAGUGUUAGGAAUGACUGCUGGAGUUCUCAUUCUAGUUUUCGUUCCCGAACCCAAAAGGGGCAUCGUGGACCAGACGGCCAGCCACAUGAGGACCCGCACCUCGUGGCUCUGUGACAUCAGGGCUCUUCUUAAAAACCGAAGUUACAUGUUCUCGUCUCUCGGAACGGCCGCUGUAUCGUUCGCAACGGGGGCCUUCGGGAUCUGGAUACCUCAAUAUCUGGCCAGAGCUCAGGAGGUGCAGGAGACUGCAGUGAACAAAGACAGUCUGAUCUUCGGAGUCAUCACAUGCGUGACGGGUCUACUGGGGGUUGUGAUCGGUGCUGCGACCACGCGCUUCUUCCGAAAGAAGACAGAUCGUGCUGACCCACUGGUGUGUGCCGUCAGCAUGCUGGGCUCGGCCAUCUUCAUCUGCCUUAUCUUUGUCGUGGCCAAAAAGAGCAUCGCAGGAGCAUACAUCUGCAUCUUCAUCGGAGAGACUCUACUCUUCUUGAACUGGGCCAUAACAGCAGACAUUUUAAUGUAUGUUGUCAUACCAACCAGGAGAGCCACUGCAGUUGCCUUUCAGGGCUUUACUUCCCAUUUACUAGGGGAUGCGGGGAGUCCGUAUCUCAUUGGCCUGAUAUCAGACGCUCUGCAGCAGAGCUACACAACGUCAGUGCUGUGGCAGUUCCUGAGCUUAGGCUACGCCCUCAUGCUCUGCCCCUUCGUUAUCGUCCUUGGGGGGAUUUUCUUCCUCGCCACAGCCCUCUUCUUCCUUGACGACCGGGAAAAAGCGGAGAGACAGACGAAGCAGCUUUCCCGGUCACCGUCUUCAGUAAAGGUCACCAAGUGAGAGAAGGUCUGGAGUGGGAGGAUUGAGAGUGUGCCGAGGAGUGGGCGAGCUGAACAGAAGGGAGGUGGAGAGAAGGAGGAAAAAAAACAAAAAAAAAACAAGGAAAGUUGUUAACCCACUCAAAUUAUAUGCUGCACAUCAUCAUCGUCACCAUCAUCAGUCAUCGUCUUUACUUCACUCUUAUCAUGCUCUUCAUGUCUGCUGGAUGGAAGCUGAACUUGCUUGGCUGUAGAGACACGAUCAUGUCCUACCAAUGAAGUGAAGCAAUCCUGGCAAGUCAGCCAUCCCUGCAACCGGUGGGCAGCUCUUAAACCAACAUGUAAAGGCCAGUAGGGAUUACGGGAAGUUUGAAGGAGGGGGUUAAAAUCCCCUUAGUGCCAUACUACUGAACAUGAACACACACUCUGUCUUGUCACGCUGCCUGUCAAUUCGCACCAAGUGCCAUAGCAUCACAUUCCCAGAACUGACCACGCCUACAGCCGAGCUCGCCGAAUAAUCGUGUAAAUACGGUAAUGAAGGAAUCGGCGAUCUCGCAGUCAUCUAGUGGAAGUAGCUGUAUGGCUUAGCCUGCCUUAAUAGCGUCGGCAUGGACAGACGUCUGGUCCUUGUUCUCCUGUAUGCCUGUUCUAUUUUUUUUCUUACAUGUUUUGUUUGUCUUAGCACUUAUUAUUUUAAUGCUGUGCCAGUUCACCGAUGCAAUCAGACUACAUAAUCACCUAUAAUAGAUUUGCUCUAUACUUUUCUUUGUUUUUUACGAAUAGUAAAACUCAAGAGGUUGCUGGGUUGAAAAAAUUUUGAAAUGCUUUAAAAUGUAGAGAAACACUGGAGUGUAAAUAUGAAUCGAGAACUUUGCGAAUGUUUUUUGUCUCGUCAGACUUUCUGCCAUCCACACCUCAAAUAACACGCCAAGGAUUCAAAACUGAAAAAGGGAACAAUAACAAGUUGGCGAAGUCUUUAACUGUUUGUUUUUACGAUUUUCUUUGAGGAAUUCAAUGUGCCAGCUCACUCCAUAUAAGUGGCAGUGUGUGAGAAUGGUGGUCUUUGUAGGCUGGGUCGCAAAAUAUUCGUCCAGUUGAAAACCCCUCUUGAAUGUGAGAACGAGACUCUGAAUAGUGAUCCGUCUAACCAGUCAAACAGCUACUGAAAUCCAUGCAAGAAAAAAAGGUUUCUUUUGAAGUUUAGCUUAAAUAUAUUUUUUAAAGGAAGAAUAUAACUUUUUGUUUAAUUUUACAAAAAAAAAAAAGGUGUUAACCACUUCGGUCAUCGUUCCGAGAGAACUUUGGUAUUUGAUGACUAUUUGAACCUUUUUUAAUAUUUUUUUUUAACAGGGUGACUCUUGUUGCUUAAAUAUACGUUUCAUAGAUAUCGAUAUUUUUUUUAUGCAAUUCUACCAAGUAGACAUGAAUAAUUAAGUAUUUGUACAAAUUUAGGAGAAGCACUUUGCUUUUAAAGACAUCCCAGGUAAAGGGGAAAAAAAAACAAAAACAUUUUUUUUUAUUGUGAAAAUAUAUAUUAUUGCUGAUUGUUGAUUUGUAAAUAAUUUUGUUGUAAAAAAAAAAACUAAAUAUAUAUAUAUAAAUAAAUAUAUAUAUGCAAUUUCCUAAAAAUCCACUUAAUUUUUCCAGAAAACGGAAAAGCUUUGAUAAAAGCAAUGAUUUAUAUAUUUUCACACCGAGUUGAGUCGCUGGUUUUGUGAACGAUUCUGUAUUUUUUUUUUAUUUUAGCGCAUAUUAGUCACAAGAAACCUUUCAGAGAAUGGAAAUGAUCAGGCUUUGAAGCUGUUGUAUAAUGUCGACGUCCUAGCAAAAAAAAAAAAAAAAGAGCAAAGGUUCUGCCUUUUUUUCACAUUGAAAAAAGCACCUCGCAUAAAGAUUGAAGGGUUAUUUGUUGUCCGGAAGACAUUGACAAAAAAAAAACAAAAAAACGCUGUAUUGUGAAGGUCUGACUCAUCACUGGGACUGCAGGACAUCGUGUUUAUUUCUCGGAGCUUUCAUCAUGCCAGGUGAAAAGCUAUCUGAAUGUGAUUUUGUCCAAUCCAGGUGUGUUUACACAUGCAAAUUCAUUUUAAUUAAGCUUUUCUUUUUUUUCUGCAUUUAAGGAUGUGUCUUUCUUUUCCCGUUUCUUUUUACAAAUAUUAGUUUUAUAAAUAUAAAUAUAUAUGAUAAUGCUAUAAAAUUAUGCAGUGAUUUUAAUAUAUUGUACAUUAGCUUUGAUGCAAGGUAUUUAUUUUUCAUGUAUGUAUUACCGUUUUUUUUUUUUUUUUUUUAAGUAAAUCUCUACAAUUGGAGAAGAAGCUUGUGGAUAUUAGGAUAUUUCAUGGCCUAAACAGUUGAUCAUCUCAAGGAAUCGUGCUCAUUCAUACUCAUGCGCACACACCAGCUUAUGCACAAAUACCAAACGCAUGGAUUUUUAGUACACCCGAGUCCUUCCAGACCAAUCACAAGUCACUUUUUAUUUAUGCAUUUUGCACAUUUGGGUGUGUUCAGGGUUUUGUUUUUCCCAAUCCAAUAGUUGUACACUGGCAUUAUGUGCUAUAGGGACUGUACCUAUGUAGUCACAUUUCAUAUUCAAGCUAGAUGUUUAUUUUUAUUUGUUGUUUUGUUUAUUCUAUUAUCCACAGGCUUGAGAAUCACAAUGCCAAAUUAAAAUCACCAUCAGCGACAUACAAGACCUUUUUUUUUUAAGAUAAAUAUUUCUUUAAUCAAAGAGUCAUGGCGUUGAUGGUGUGUAUUGAGAAUGUGUUCUUUCUUGUCAUACAAGAGUCGUGUAUAAAGAAACCUGUUUCUGAUGUCAAGCAGAAACUUAAUGGGAAUUUUAUUUUUAAGAGCAAGCGUGGUUGAAGAGAACAAAGCAAACAAACUAACAAAAAAAAUCCAAUAAAACACUAUUAUUGCUAUAUAGUUACUGUGACGCUCCAGCUGGAGCGAUAUGAGAUGUAAACCUAUAUGUAAGUGAUGAAAAUAAACUUAUUUAAUCAAA